AUGGUUGCCGAAACGAAACUCUACGAUGCCCUAGGCAUCAAACCUGAUGUUUCUCAAGACGAUAUCAAGAAGGCUUACAGAAAGGCUGCAUUGAAGCACCACCCGGACAAAAACAAAGACAACCCUAAGGCUGCUGAGAAAUUCAAAGAAGUCUCACAAGCCUACGAAGUCCUCUCCGACCCUGAAAAACGCAAAACAUACGACCAAUUCGGCCUCGAAUAUCUCCUCCGCGGCGGACCUCCUCCAUCCGCAGGUGGAGGCGGAGGACCGACAGGCUUCGAUGGCAUGCCCGGCGGAUUUAAUUUCACCAACAUGGGCGGUGGUCCUGGCGGAGGUACUCGCACAUUCCGCUUCUCCACUGGGCCCGGAGGAGCAGGAACAUUCAGCUUCAGCAAUCCCGAAGACACAUUCCGAAAUUUUGCGAAGAGCGGCGCUGGCGGAAUGCCCUUUGGUGACGAUGAUGACAUCUUCGCCAGUAUAUUCAAUAGUGCCGGACUAGGCGGCGGUGGCCCCAGGGUGAGAACUUCUGGUGGCCCUAGUGCGGGCGCUUUUAAUCAACGGCGUGAUCCCACCCCUGAGCCUCAGGUGGUUGAGAAGCCAUUGCUGCUCACGUUGGAGGAGAUAUUCAGCGGUGUUACCAAGAAGGUUACAACGAAGAGCAAGACAUUUGACUCUAGCGGCAAACGGAGUGUGCAGGAUGUUACCCUCGAAGCGAAAAUUAAGCCCGGACUGCGCUCAGGAUCAAAGCUCAAAUAUAAAGGUGUUGGCGACCAGGAGGAAGGGGGCCGACAGGACGUACACCUAAUAGUAACGGAGAAAGAGCAUCCCAACUUCAAACGCAGCGGCGACCACCUCAUCUCCACAGUCGACCUCACCCUCAAAGAAGCCCUAACCGGCUGGGAACGCAUCGUCAAGACCAUCGAUGGCAGAUCGAUCCGCGUCUCCAGACCAGGGCCCACACAACCAGGCCACGAAGAACGCUUCCCGGGCUGGGGCAUGCCACUCUCGAAAAAGCCAACGGAGAGGGGCGAUUUGGUGGUGAGAGUAAAUGUCAAGUUCCCCGAAAGUUUGACGAGUACACAGAAGGAUGUUUUGAGGGAUGUUUUGCCUUGA